AUGAAGCUGAACAAAGGGACGAUUCUCAAAGCAUCUUGUGACUACAUUCGACAAUUGGAAAAGGGUCAAUAUCAACAACAGAACAAAUUGGAAAGCGCUGCGAAACAGUACGCCGAUCGAGUCAGGGAACUCGAGGAGAUCUUGGCAAAGAAUGGCCUCAGGGCGCCCACCAAAAUACCGCCCGACAGCCACAAAGGGAUGCACCACGCGCCAUUCCCCGAUUUGAUCAUGGAGUCGUGUCUUGAGAACAAUCCACUCCUCCACUCGGACCCGUUGAUGUCACAAGCCGGUAGCCCCUCGCCAAACCUUGCCGCCAGUCAGAUGAGCCCCGAUAUCUCGUGGGAUCCAUCGAAUUUCAGCCCCUACGGGAACACCCAGCCGAUGCACGCCAAUCACAAUAUGGACUAUUCA